AUGGAUCAUCAUGAAACGACUUCUGAUAGCAUUAACCUCAACCGUCUGUCGGUUGUAUCCGAAGAUGAUGAAGACCACGAUUCAGCCUUAACUAUUGUUACUGUUCUUGACAAAGUAGCCACCAUUGUGGAGUUUGUGCAAGCCAGCCAGAAAAGAAUCGAAGAACGUCAUAGAGAAAUGGAGAAUGCCAUCAAGACCAUCCAGAUUGACCUGCUGAAACUUGCACAGGCUCAUAGCAAUACCACCUAUACUGUUAACAAGCUACUUGAAAAGACCCGUAAAGUAAGCUCCAAUGUGAAAGAUGUAAGAUCUCGGGUAGACAAACAAAGUGAUCAGGUCCUAAAAGUAGAAUCCAAGCAAGAGGAGAUGCUGAGAAAGAACAAGUUCAGAGUUGUCAUUUUCCAGGAAGAUAUUGAGUGUCCAACUAAACUGAGCGUUGCUAAAGAAUCCUCACUGGACGCGGCCUUAAGGGAUAAACUUUACCCACAAAAUGACCUCUCAUCAGAUGAAGAGUAUGAAGUUCCUGAGACCAGGACCUCACGAUUUAAAAAAUCCGGCAAGCAGCGGAUUGAUAAUAUCAAGAAAGCAUUUUCUAAGGAAAACAUGCAGAAAACCAAACAAAACUUUGGAAAUAAAGUGACCCGGAUGCGCACAAGAAUAGUGACUCCAGAAAGAAGAGAGAGACUAAGACAAUCUGGGGAGAGGCUCAAACAAUCUGGAGAGAGAUUCAAGCAAAGCAUAGUAAAGGCGGCACCCAACAAAGAAACAUUCAAAAUGAAAAAGAAGGAAAAGCAGCGCACCACAGCAGAAGGUCAAGAAGGGGAGAAAGAUGACGUAGAAUCCGUUUCAGAGGGUCCCAUAGUUGAGCCCAUCUCAGAAGUUACAUACACAGAAGUGGUCACUAUAAAGAAGAAGAAGAAGGAAAAGAAUGGAGAUAAGGCUGAACUUUUACCCGACCAGGAAGAUCAGAAACCUGCCCCAGUUUUGGAAAAACCUUUGCUGAAACUAGAAACAAAGUUAGAUGCAGACGAAACUCCACUUGUAGACAUCAAACUGUCAUAGGCUGGAAAUAGAAGUGGAAGAAAGAGUUUGUGCCCUUGAGCACCUAAAAAACUGUGGAGCUUCAAAAAUGUUAAUGCUGCCCAAAUACUAUAAUAUUAUCCAUCAUAUACAUGUAUCAUAAAUCUGUACAUGAUCAUAUACCAUGUUUUUUAUGGCUUCAACACUCCUAAGGAAUUGAGCACAUUUGAGGGCGCUAUCAGUCAGACACAAAAGCUAAUAACAGGUGUCAUUCUAUAAUUCCUUCCACGCUUUAUUUCUAUAAGGAAAUAAAAUAUGAAACUACAGCAAAAAAAGCGUGACCGCUAGUUAUGGCUAGAUAGCAAUGGUAAUGAGGCUAUGGAGUGAUAUAGGCUAUGGUGCUCUACGUGUGGUUAGUAUAGUUUAUCAAAAAGGAACCAAAACCUUUUCUCAUAGCAUGUUAAAUAAUGGGUUUUUUUUUGUUU